GCAGAAUUAGCCAAAGAGCACCUAGCAUACGCGCCGCACCUGCUCCGACUAGCCUCCUCCUUCGCAGCCCAGCACCUGGGGGGAGGCCAGUACCAUACGCGCCUCACCUGCACCGGCUGGCCUCCUGAGGAGCAGGCGGUGCAGCACCUGAACGGCGGGCGGUACGUGGCAGCGCACUGGCGCGUGGAGAAGGCGAUGAUGAGCCACCGGUCGCCCGUGCACAUGCACCUGUGGCUAUCAGGCACGGCACGAUUCGACCAGCACCAUCAGGACGUUGCAAUUUACGCCGUCAAGGAACUCUACUCCCUGCUUAAGCCCACUCGGCUCGGGUCCUUUCUCCCCGGUUUGAGAGAGGCGGAUCUUGGAGUGCAGGCCAUAUUGGACAAGCUGCUGUGCAUAAAGGCAGCAGUGUUUUUCGUACCUGCCACUCAACUGCAGAAACUCACAUCCCCAUGUAUGGCCCUUCCCUCUUCCUCUUCCCUCCCGCCCCCUCACACCCCACCAGGCCAUAUUGGACAAGCUGCUGUGCAUAAGGGCGACGGUGUUCCUGUACCCGCCAGUCAGCUGCAGGAACUACGUGCCCACAGGGAGUGGCUCCGCAGUUGCAGAUGA